GUCGGACUCAGAUCAGAGAUUGUGGUGCUGUGUUGAUUGAUGUUCAUCACCAUUCUUCGAUUCACAAAAAAUCCAUCGAACUCUGCAUCAUCCGCAUGUUUAUAAACCCUAAUCCGUAAUCUUUAUCAAUCUCUGCUCAGGAAGAUCAUAGUGACCGCUUUUUCAAUGAAGAGAAUUCUGCCGCAUUUCUUCUCUGUUUUGCUCGUCUUAUCUCAGGUUUCAGCAUCGACGGUGCCCGCCUUUCUCUGGUCGCCGCAGUCCUCGUAUAAUGGAUUGAAGGAAACUGUAAAUUAUCAGAUCAUGUCACCUAAGGGUCUAGUGAACUCUGUUCUGUCUGAAGGCGGCUGGUUAAACUUACUGUGCUCUGGGGAGAAACUUCAGCAGCCUGUCGAACUGGCAAUUGUUUUUGUUGGUAGAGAGUUGCACUCCUCAGAUAUUGCUGGGGGCAAACAUGUAGAUCCGGCACUUGUUGACUUGCUCAAGGUCUCCUUUACCAAGUCCAAUUUUUCAAUGGCGUUCCCUUAUGUUGCUCCAUCUGAGGAGGGGACUAUGGAGAAUUUGUUGGUUUCAGGGUUAACAGAAGCUUGUGGCCAAGAUUUAGCUUCCAUUAAUGUUGCAUAUUCAGACUCAUGCUCUAUAGAGGGUGGAGACUUUCAGAGACUUGCAGAUUUGCAUUCUUUACAUGAUCAUCUGGCUUCAAGGAUGGAAAGGAGAACAAAGGGGCAGACUGACUUGGUUGUCUUCUGCCAAGGAGGGUUUCAUUCUUUGAAUGAAGUGGACCAGCCAAGUCCAGAAAGUGAGGUUUUGUCUGAAGUCAUCAAUACUGUGGAGCAGUCUGGGGCUAAAUAUGCAGCUCUUUAUGUUUCUGACCCUUUUAGGUCUAUCUCUUAUCCUUCUUAUUGGGAACUUGAGAGGUUUCUUGCAGAGGGUGUUGAAGGAAAUGGAACAAACUCCACUCGUUGUGAUGAGGUUUGCCAAAUCAAGUCCUCACUUCUAGAGGGGGUUUUAGUUGGAAUUGUGCUGCUUUUAAUUUUAAUAUCAGGACUUUGCUGUAUGAUGGGCAUUGACACUCCAACAAGAUUUGAGGUGCCCCAAGACUCUUAGUUGGUUAUUUGUGCAACGUAAUGCCUUGAUGUCAUGUUUACCUUCUUGUUCCUAGGACUGGGGGAAGUUAUUAGUUGUUUGUUAUAUAGUUGAAACAGGCAAAGUCGCAGAGGUGUUACCCUGUAAUAUUUGUUAGAACUUGUUUAAGGUCAUUAUAUUUUGUUUGAAAUAAAAAUGGUUAUUGUUUUAUCAAGGUAGCAUUUGCAUUUGCAUUUGCAUAUUCUCUUGGUGGUGUCUUCCGGAGAUAGAGAUUCUUGAGUACAAUUUAGCUGAAGAGCUUUUCAAUCACUGGCCUUGUUGACAAUCUUGAGCUCCAGUUUAAUAUGGCACGUGGAUUGUAAUCAUCAUUCCUCCCAUCUGUGGCCUUGGCUCUAGGAACAGGAAGUAUGGUGCAACCAAGGAUGACUUGCCAACUACCUUCCUUGUUUUGCUGCUUCAUUGAUCUUUAGGAAGCGAGAUGAACUAAUUAGAAGUUGACAGGUUGUUCUUGGCUACAUCUUUCUUCCUGCUCGACAUGCUAGGCCUUCUGAUGAAAUUAGACAUCAAUGAGGAGCUUCUCAACACACCAGUAAAGUAGUACUUAAUAU